AUGCAGUCCUACAUGAGGCAUGAAGGCACGGAGCAGCACCAGCAUCAGCAGCCGGAGACGCGAAGUAUCAGGCUUCACCAGCACGCGCGCCCGCAAGCCUUACAGGUGCAGCGGCGAUGUGCGCUUGACGCGCUAACGGCCCCCCGCGAAAGCUCCCUCAGCAUGAUUCCGCCCUCCCGCCCUGGACCGCAGGCGCGGAAACCGCACCUUUCCUUGAACGUCCCUUCCCCCUCGUCACUUCCGCGAAAUAUCUCCCCCUCCCGCCCGCCGCAAGCCCCCGCAACUUGUACCGCCGCGGCGUCUCACGGCAUCUACUCCCCCGGCCCCACCUCCGCUCCCGCGGGUCCUCCGCACCUUCCGCCUUCCGCCUCGCUUCUGCGCCGCGCAUCCGCGCCGACUCUUCCAGAGCCGCAGCAGACCAUCACGGCGGUGCUUACGAGCGCUUGCGCCGCCCGAGCUUCUCACAGCUGCGGAAUGCAAGGUGACGGGGCGACUCGUCCGCGGCAGGAGCAGCAGAGUGAGCAGCAGAAGGAGAAGGAACAGCGGAACGACCGCGUGAGACUCUGCGAGCAGCGGAAGGAGCACCGUGGGAGCGGAGAGACGCCUGCGCGUGACCCGCAGCCCCAGCAGGUGCUUCCUCUCACGACCGAUGAACAAUGGGAACGGAUCUUGGCGACGCGACGAGAAACGCGGCGCAGUGCUACUACUGGAAUUAGUAUGGAUAGUAACGAAGCUGGCCCUUUCAGAGUUAGGGAGACUGCUGCUGCAAUUGCGGGGAAGAGAACCCCGACGGCGCGAGUGCAACUACAGCGCUCUGGCGGCAGCUGUGACGUCUGGCGACUCGUCUCGUCGAUGGACGCGCGCGAAUGGGACUCCCCGCCGACGGGAACUCGCUCCGCGCGGGCGGACCGUGACGGCGCGCGGAUGGGGUGCGCUGCCGCUACCGGCACCGCCACGGGGAAGCGGUCGGCACGCCUGGCGAGGAGCGCCGGGAGCUGCGACAUGGCGCGGGUGGUGCAGAUGCUAGAGGACGAGAUGGAUCGCGAGGAGAGGGACCGGGAGGAGCGCGUCGCGCGAAAGGUUUGUGCUUCCGUCACGGGCACCGCCGCGGGGAAGCGGUCGGAGCGCCGCCUUGCUGCUGGUGGGGCAACACUGCGGGGGAGCGGCGGGAGCUGCGAUAUGGCGCGGCUGGUGCAGAUGCUGGAGGACGAUAUGGAUCGAGAGGAGCGCGACGCGCGGCGGAAUAGAAAUAUUACCACGAAUGAUAGCCACAAUUCCGACCGACGCGUGCACGAGGCGUGGGCCCCAGGGCUCUCCGCAGGUCUCUCCGCAGGUCUCUCCACACAGCUUUGUGGUUCCGCGCAAGGCUACCGCGACUGA